GAAGUGAGCAGAGAAGACGAAGAGAGAGAAAGAAAGAAAAGUAAGAAGAAAAAAGAUGAAGAUAACAGGGAAGAUGAGGAUGCUAACAGGGAGUAAAGCUUGUUACAUGCGUGGAUAUAUUGCUUCAUGUAAACUGUUCACUAGUAAAAAUGUUGCCUACUAGAAUCUAUUGAAGUUUCAGCUUUUCUUUCAAAAACUUUUUUUCCUUCCCUUCUCAGUGUGUUUACCAUGCAAGUGUACCAUGUGUGUGUGUGCCUCUCUGUGUGUGCUGUGUGAGACUUGGUGUUUAUAGAGGUUGAUAAUGCUUGACUAAAGCCGAUCGAUUUCCUUUUUGCUCAUCUUUUGCCUUUUCUUUCUUUCCUCAACAUUUCCAUCUCCCUCAUCAUUCAUGUUUCUCCCUUUUCAUCAUCAUCAUCAUCUUUCCCUUUCAUGAUUCCCUUUCUUUUUCCCUCUUCUUUUUUUUCUUCUCGUCAUCAUUAUUCUUUCUUCAUAUUUACAGUCAUUGGUAAUACUUUUUGUCGCCAUCUAUUGAUACAUCAAAUGUAAAUCAUUAAUUGAACUCUAAUGAAAUUGUUAAACAUCGAUCUUGAAAAGUCUCGAAAAUUUCGUUUCGUUCAACUUUACCUUUUAAUUUUCAUGUUCCAAUAUUUUGCACACUUUUCCUCAUGAAACCAACUUGACUUGUGCUCAUCUUAGUGUUUGGUGAAAUUGAUUUGUGUGGAAAUGUCAGCACCGGCUACUUUGCAUUUCAAGUUUAACGAGCUUUGCUUGUUUAAAGAACUGUCCAAGCUGACAAGUCCAUGUUCUGGAUGGAAACUUUUACUCUACUAUUUGCUCCUGUCACAACUGUCAUUCCCUGAAAUACAAGGAAAUCCGGAUGCAAAGAGAUUAUAUGAUGACCUUAUGAGUGGCUAUAAUCGUAUAAUAACACCUCGAAUAGAACCAAACGCAACUGUUCGUGUUAGUCUUGGACUCAAGUUGACACAAAUCAUUGAUCUGAAUUUGAAGCAACAAAUCUUAACAGCAAACAUGUGGGUACUUCAGGAAUGGUUUGACCCAAAAUUACGUUGGGAUCCAGCCGAGUAUGGUGGAGUUACAGAGGUUUACGUUCCAGCUGAACAAAUUUGGCUUCCUGAUCUUGUUUUGUACAAUAACGCUGAUGGUGCUUAUGCCGUAACUAUUAUGACCAAAGCAAUGAUUCGAUACAACGGCACCGUUUUAUGGAGCCCACCGGCCAUAUUCAAAAGCUCUUGCUCAAUCGAUAUUAGAUAUUUUCCUUUUGAUACUCAAAGCUGUAAAUGGUAUUUUAGUUCGUGGACUUACGAUGGGUACACGCUUGAUUUACGUUUAAUUGAUGCAAUUAAUGGAUCCAAUUCAUCUGUUGGAAUUGAUUUAUCUGAAUAUUAUCUCAACGUUGAAUGGGAUGUGAUGGCAGUAUCCGGUUUGGAGGAAGUAAAAUCUUAUCAAUGCUGUGAUGAACCAUUUGUUGGUGUUCUCUUUAGCAUGACAGUUCGAAGGAAAACUCUGUUCUACACUGUUAACCUGAUAAUCCCAUGUAUUGCCAUAUCAUGUCUAUCCAUAUUGGUAUUUUAUCUUCCCUCAGAUUCAGGAGAAAAGGUUUCACUCUCAAUUUUCAUUCUUCUAUCAUUAACUUUCUUCCUACUUGUUCUCAUUGAAAUAAUUCCAACAACUUCCCUGUCAAUUCCACUUCUUGGACUUUACCUUUGCUUCACCAUGGUUUUGGUGACUUGUUCCGUUGUGGUUACCAUAGCAAUUUUAAAUGUUCACUUUCGCUCACCUUCAACCCAUAAAAUGGCUCCUUGGGUGAGAAAAUUUUUCAUUCGAAAAUUGCCCAAAAUUUUGCUCAUGAAACCGCCUCAGUAUCGAUUUGAAAACAUCGAUGAAUCUCGAGAUAAAUCGACUUCGAAAGAUCAAACAAAUUCAAAGAGCAAAGUGAAAAAAUUGAAGGCAAAGUUGGCUUCUGCAAGUCGCUCAACCAGUGCUCGUCCAACCUCCACAGGUGAUUCAAAUGGUGAUCCCAUGGUAAUCAAUGAACUCGACUCUUCACCCGGUGCUGUGGCUGAUCGAACCUUUGACUUUCCAAUUCGAUAUCCAAGGUCGAUUGAAAGAGCAAUUACAAAUGCCAUGUUCAUAGCUCAGCACAUUGACAAUGCCGAUGAAUUUGAAAGUAUGCGAGAAGAUUGGAAAUAUGUUGCUCUGGUCUUGGAUCGGAUAUUUCUCUGGUUCUUCACUAUGGCCUGUAUUUCGGGUACUUUUGGUAUCUUUAUUCAAGCUCCAUCUUGGUAUGACAAGACUCAACCGAUUGAUGUUCAACGAUCUCAUAUUGCCAGGACUUAUGUUGCUGAUUUUCCCGAGUUAUCUGAGCUUAUCCAGUGAUGAUCAAAUGCUCUUAAAAGGCUCUUUAUUGUUGCGGUUAUUGAGCAUUUUGACAAUGAAUUUGAAGCUCAAAUUUGAUUUAUUCAUUGUAUUAAAAUGUAAAUUUGUCUCAAUUGAUAUACUAUUUUAAUACCAAAUAAAUGAAU